AUCAUACCAUACAAACAAACAAACAAAAAUCCCUUUCCUCUUCCCUCCACCCACGCGCCGCCGCCUGAAUCGGCCUUCUCUCCUUCUCGUCGGUCGGGGCAGUCCACAGCUGAAUCAAUUUUUUUUUUUUUUUACGAAAAUUGAGCUAGGAUUACGGUUUCUGUGCUCUUUCGAAUGUGAUUCCAAUUUUUUUUUAGUGACAGUGAGCUUCUGGUGAAUUUUUCAUGUACUGAAGAACUUUUGAGCAAAUGGAGGAGCAAAGCCUAACAAAAAAGUUAAAAGGGUCAGAUGGACUUCCAGUGCCAGUCCUUAAAGAAUUACCAAGACUUGAACGUGAAUUGGAUGGUCAGACAGCCGGAAGUUAUGGAAAUUCUGAUGCUGACAAAACUCAAGGGAAUAAUGGGGCUGAGAGCAAGCAAACCAGUGAUAUUGAUAGGAGAGUCCUUGCUCAGGUCACUUCUUCAACAGAUUGGGAGGCAAACGAGACUUCUUCAAAUUUCUCUGACAAUACGGUGCCUCCUAUGAAUUUUAUUGGGUAUGUUGGAUCCUCAUGCGAGAAAACAGGAAAUAUGUCCGAUUGUGUUGCUUCUGUGGGAGCAGGGACGUCUUCUAAUGGCAUGACUAUGGAUGAAAGGCUUUUGAAACGUGAGAGAAGGAAACAGGCUAAUAGAGAAUCCGCAAGGAGGUCUAGGAUGAGGAAACAGGCUGAGUACGAGGAACUCGUGAGAAGGUGGGACUCCUUGAAUAUGGAGAAUAAUGCCCUUAAGUCCGAAUUAGGACAACUCAAAGGCGAUUCAGAAAAAUUGAGGCUUGAAAAUGCUGCACUAAUGGCGAAGCUGGGAUGUGCAGCGGUGGAUCAGCAAGGAGACACAGUUUCAGAUAAGGCCGAAACUAAUUCGGCCUUACUGAAUAGUAGUACUGAGAAAGUAGUUGAAAUUUCUAAUGAUUCUAAUAGGAAUGAGAACUCAGAUAAUCCUGAAGCCAAGCUUCAUCAGUUGUUAAAUCCAAGCACAAGAACUGAUGCAGUUUCUGCUAGAUGAUCAAUAACAGCAGCUAUUAGAUUAGGUGAGCUAGAUUCUAGAAGAGAGAACAACAAAGCUAUAAAAAAAUGGCAUAAUUUGGUUUUUCCUUUCCCCAUUGUGUGAGGAUUUAUUAUUGUACUGGUCACUAUGGCAACACAUUAGGAUAGUUGUAAGUGUAUCAUCAUUACCUUAUGAUUAUGAACAUUAGCUCUGGUUCAGAACAUUACAGAUUUAGAAGGAAAUUUAUUUGUAUUGAUGAUUGUACUCGAGGGAUAUCGUUAUAUUAUGAAAUAUGGGAUCUGAAUCAAUUCUCAAGUUAUGGAAUUAGGGAAUGGGAAUAAAGAAUGUGAUUUAUUAUC